AUGGCCUUUCUCAACUCGACUAUUAUCUUUGAGGCUGGGGGCAAGCGAUAUGUCACAACAGAAGCCAUUGCUUUCCAGUCCCAAGAUGGCACUCCCUUGAAAUCUCAACCCGUCACCGUCUUCGCAAAUCAUAGCGGUGUACCCCUCAGCAAAGAGUGGCUCAAAACAUAUUUAAAUAAGCUGGUUGGCUGUGAUGUUUAUGAUAGUAAGCUGUUCCUUUCAGGUGUCAUAAUCACUACCCCGCAUCGUGGCCAGACUGUGCCUCAAGAUCCUUGGGAUUACCUGAAGGAACUAGGAAUGAAAUGGCUCGAGAUUGUCGUUGAAGGCGGCGGAAAGCAUCUUCCCACAGGUCCUUACUUCUACACCGAUAAUAAGCUUCACUCCGUCUGUCGUUUGUAUGAUGAUGAAAAAGGAGCUUUUUUCUCGGGGUUAGUUCCAAAGCUAGAUCUGCUUACUACGGAUGCCGUUGACUAUCCGACAGCCUUUAAUCCUAGAGGGGAUGGGUAUCAAUCUCCUGCCGGGAGUAGUAGUGGAAGUGCUGCUGCUGUUGCGGCUUAUGACUGGCUUGACUGUGCGAUCGGCACUGAUACAAGUGGAAGUGGUCGUCGGCCAGCAUUGGCGAAUGGCGUUUGGCAAUUCAGACCUUCUCAUGAUUCUGUAUCUUUGAGGGGUCUGGUUAAGACUUAUGCCAUUUUUGAUACGUCUUGCGUCUUUGCGAGAAGUGUCGAUGUUAUACGACGCGUUGCACGAAGUUGGAUUGCGGCUCCGUCGCUUGACAAGAAACGGCCAUAUCGUCUCAUCUAUCCACUAGACUACCUUCCAACAGAAAACCCAGAACAGAUGAAGAUUAUCGACUCUUUCAUACGAGAUGUUGAGACUCAUCUUCCAGCUACUGUUAUCCCACUCUCUAUCAGAAGCUCUUGGCAGCAGUCGCACCCGCCAGGGACUCCAGCUGAUGUGGAAGAGUAUCUCAAAGAUGUCAUCCGGGCAACAUUUUACCAUCAAUUUUACCAUUCAACUGAAAACUUCAGACAGCUAUACGCCGAGAGACACGAUGGCCAGCAGCCUUAUGUAAUCCCCUUUGUUCAACGAAGGUGGGCUCUCGGUGCCUCUGUUUCUGACGCCGAGCAUGAAGAAGCUACGCGUCGCUUACUUGUUUACAAAAAGUGGCUUCGUGAUCAAUUGUUCGGGGACGAGAAAUUUGAGACGUUGGUCAUUCUUCCUGUCGCCGAAGUUAAACCUAGCUAUCGAGACGAGAAGGUCGAAUCACCCGAAAACCAGUCUGCACGUGAUGAGCUUUUUCUCUCACCUAUUCUUGGGGCACCCGAUGUCGUUAUACCAAUCGGAGAUAUGUCAUAUCAUUCAAAAAUCAGCAACAAGAUUGAGUAUCUGCCAGUAGUGGCCAACCUUGUCGCCGCACCGGGUCGACACCAUGAGCUUUUGGAGGCGGUUCAAGUAAUACUUGAGAGGUCUAAACGGCCCAAGGUAGUUUCUACAGGGUCCAGGAUAGGUAGUCCAGGAUAUGACAAGGUCAGCUUGAGAUCUUGA